CAAACGGACAAAGGGCGGACAGUCUAGUAGGAAACACAUGGCAAGAAUUUCCGGUUAAACAUACAUGUGUUUACCUCCCAAUUAUUUACAAAAUGAGGCCUUUAACUGACGAAGAAACAAAAUUAUUCUUUGAAAAAUUAUCAAAGUAUAUAGGUGAAAAUAUCAAACUACUGUUGGAGAGGCCAGAUGGAACUUACUGCUUCCGCUUGCACAGAGAGCGAAUAUUCUAUGUCAGGGAAGAGUUGAUGAAAAGAGCUGGAAAUGUCUCCAGGGAGAAUCUCAUUUCCAUGGGAACGUGUUUCGGAAAAUUCACAAAAACUGGGAAGUUUCGCUUGCACAUCACAGCCUUGGACUACCUGGCACCUUAUGCCAAAUACAAGGUCUGGUUAAAACCAAGUGCGGAACAACAGUUUGUGUACGGUCACCACGUUAUGAAGUCUGGACUGGGCAGAAUAACCGAGGAUACACAACAGUACCAAGGAAUCGUGGUCUACAGCAUGAAUGAUCUCCCUUUGGGUUUUGGUGUUGCGGCCAAAUCAACACAAGAAUGCCGAAGUGCCGACCCCAUGGCCAUUGUGGCGUUCCACCAGGCCGAUAUUGGUGAAUACAUACGUAACGAGGAGGGUCUCGUUUGAUUGUUGUUCAUCUUACAUUACCAGCCUUGUACAUACUUGUAAAAUAAAAUAAAUAUUUCUAAGAUCA